AUGAGAACGGGUCCAGAUCACAACACCACCGAAAGUGAUGAAUUCAUUGCUCGUGCUUUGGCCGAGCAAGAAGCCGAAGAACACGAACGAGCUGAAGCCUU